AUGGCUCCAAAUCAUUCACCACGACACCAGAAACGGUCUCGGGCUAACGACGUCGCCGAGAAAUCGUCGCGAUUAGGCGAGGAGCGAGCCAAACGACGUCGAACUUCGGAGAGCAACAACUCGCAGACGUCGAAGAAGCCGAAGUCUUCUACCGUCCAAGAUGCCCCAAACGACAAUGUGGCGCUCCAAGAGAUGGUUAAGCGAAAGGGAUCUGCACCCUGGUCCUUCUCGCGUCCAGUAGGUGGUCGUUACAGUAAUUUGGACCCUGUCAUGACCAUAGAUGAGGCAUAUCUUUUUGUGGGACUUGACUCUGCAGUCCAGGUCUUCGCAACCUCUACCUCUCGCCUGCUACGUACCCUGCAAAUGGAAACUGGUCAGAAUGUCAUCGGGUAUCAACUUUGUCCCGCGGACCCUGAGGUUCUGUACAUUUUUACGUCCGGACUCGUGACCAAGUGGCACUGGGAUUCUGGAAAACGACUCGCCCGAUGGGGGACUAGCGCUUCAGCCAUUGCAGUUGAUUUGCCAGCAGUGGAAAAGAAAGAGAGCCCGGCAUCAUACUCCAUUGUGACACAAAAGGACGGUAAACGGCAAAUUCUGAUCAGUUCCCUUGAGCAAAAACGCAACCCCCUGGUUGCUCUCGAAACCAGUGAGCAGAUCAAUACCAUCAAAGCUGCGUGUGGUGGACGGAUCAUCGUUGCCAGUGAUGGGUCUCAUCUUUUCAUUGGCACUACACCUAGCGUUGACCUUGACUCGCCUGAGUUGAUCCAGUAUACCUGGAGAGAAGCCUCCCUGCCAGUGACUGCAACGUGCCUCCACUUGCGCGAGAGUUCCAGUCAAGUCUCGGAGUCCAAACCAGUCAAGGGAUCUAAUACUAUCGAUUUGGCGAUUGGAGAAACUGGUGGAUCGAUUUUGAUCUACCAGGAUAUUUUCAACAUUCUAUUCACUCACAAGGCGGCGGAGAAGAAGCUAUCUCCCAGGAAACUGCACUGGCAUCGAAGUGCCGUGAAUACCGUGCGAUGGUCCAGAGAUGGCAAUUAUCUUAUCUCAGGUGGACAGGAGUCCGUCCUGGUGCUGUGGCAGCUGGAUACUGGGCGCAAGCAAUUUUUGCCCCAUCUCUCAUCUCCAAUCUGCAAUGUUGUUGUUUCGCCCAACGGCAAUUCAUAUGUGGUCAAACUGGCGGAUAAUUCGGUCAUGGUCUUGUCUGCGCGAGAGCUACAGUCUUCCACCAGCGUGACUGGUCUGCAAUUGUCCACCGAACUAGGAAGCUCUAAAGACCUUUUCCAGAAGAGAGCCUUUGGCACCGUAGCAGCGCUGCAUCCCCAACACCCCGAAAGACUGCUUGUCACCGUUCCCGCUUCUCACCAGUCCCUCCAACAACCAAGUUCUGCUGUGCUACAGACUUUUGAUAUUCGUGCGAAUUCUCAUAUCUCUCGACAAGCUCUGGCUCGAACCAACACAACAACAUUGAAUAUUAGUCCAGAAGGAACCUCGAUCGUCGCUCCCGAUGUUCGACAUAUGGGUAUUGUGCAGGAUGGGAAGUGGUUGGCAACUGUCGAUACCUGGAGCCCUCAUCCCCAAGACGUGGCAGCUACUGCUAGCAAUGUGUCGAAAGGAAAUUCCACUCCCUUGCGAUCAGAGGUCUUCCUCAAAUUCUGGAAAUGGAAUACCUCUGCUGAUUCUUGGGAAUUGGUAACGCGUAUUGACGGGCCCCACUUCAAUGACUCUCAUCACUCGACGGUGCUGGGUUUAGCAGCCCGUCCGUGCACCCAUGAGUUCGCAACGCUGGGCGAGGAUGCAUUCAUUCGCUUCUGGUGUCCAACUGCUCGACAUCGCAGCGGUCUCAAAACUGAUGGCCCUGAACAACAGCUGGAUACAUGGAAGUGCCGGGGACUUGUUGACCUCACUGCAAGUCUCAAAGGGAUGACUUCGCCUUUGAAGGCUGCAUCUCUGGCCUUUUCUGAGGAUGGCUCUGUUCUUGCGGUCUGCCUGCCAUCUGGGGCUGGAGCAGACGAUGGUUUAGUGCUCUUGAUCAACUCCCGGGAUGGCACUGUACAUUAUCGACGGACAGGUGUUUUCUUCGGAAAGCCCUAUUCCUCUCACUUCCUCGGAAGGUAUCUCAUUGUGGCUUCCACUGGGUCGGUGUCGGUUUGGGAUACGGUGGACGAUGUGGUCAAACCCAUUCAAUUAGCGACAUCCCUCAAUCCUGCUGAUACGGUUCACCAACCACUGGUGGCUGUGAACUCUCGCGUCCAGUCAUUUGCAGUCGCCACACGUGAGCCAUCCAGUGGUGGGAACAGCUCACACAAGAAGCGACGCAAGGCCCGAUUCAAUAUCCAAAUCUAUGACGUCCCAUCUUUCGAGCUUGUCUUCCAAGAAUCCCUCAGCAGCAACCCUCUUUCACUUCUCUCCGAUGCUUAUUCCGGCGAUUAUAUUAUUAUUGAUUCCACCGCCACGGUGCAGCGACUUGGAUGCCUCGAUAAAGCGUCACAAAAGAGCCUUCAACCUCGGGAGGUCACCACUCAGCUUGACACAGGACUGGCGAAUAUCUUUAACCGGGGUCAUGACCAAAUUAUCCCUCGCCCUAUCGAUGAAGACAGUUCUGCCUCUCAAAAUAAGGCGCUAGCUAGUGUCUUUGGUGACACACCUUCUUUCUCCCUGCCUUCCAUUGGGGUGCUUUUCAGGAAUGUGGUCCAAACAUUGGGCUCCAGCUAG